AUGAAUCUUUAGUAUUUAAGAACCACAGCACCCACCCGAGACUUUCAUUCUCUUCUCGACAACUGCAUUUGCAUUGGCAAUAACGAUCCAUGGAUGACCUAACCCCAAACCCCGCAAACUCACCACCCCUCACUCCACUCACCUUCUUGGAAAGAGCAGCAAUCGUCUACGGCGAUUCCCACUCCAUCCUCUACAACCGCACUUCCUUCACCUGGUCUCAAACCCACCGUAGAUGCCUCCAACUCGCUUCCUCCCUCACAUCCCUCGGUCUAGGACGCGGCCACGUCAUCUCUGUUCUCUCUCCCAACACUCCUUCAAUGUACGAACUCCACUUCGCGGUUCCCAUGUGCGGUGCCAUUCUCAACAACCUCAACCUCCGUCUGAAUCCUCACAUACUCUCCGUGCUCCUCCGCCACAGCGAAUCAAAACUCGUCUUCGUCCAUUCCCACUCUCUUCCCCUCAUCCUCCGCGCCUUAUCCAACUUCCCCAAAACCACGCCACGCCCUUCCCUCGUCCUUAUCACAGACGAUGCAGAUGCAGUCACCGUCUCACUCGCACACGUCAUAGACACCUACGAGGGCCUUAUAAAAAAGGGUAACCCGAACUUCCACUGGGCCCGCCCCAACUCCGAGUGGGACCCAAUAACCCUAAACUACACCUCGGGAACGACGUCGUCUCCCAAAGGCGUAGUACACUCCCACCGCGCAACCUUCAUAAUGGCCCUAGAUUCACUCAUAGACUGGUGCGUGCCGAAGCAACCGGUUUACCUAUGGACGCUACCGAUGUUCCACUCUAACGGCUGGACCUUCCCGUGGGGGAUUGCCGCUGCAGGCGGCACCAACGUCUGUCCGCGUAAAAUCGACGCGCCAAUGAUCUACCAUUUGAUCCAAUCACACAACGUUACACACAUGUGCGCCGCGCCGGUUGUUCUAAACUUGCUGUUAACGAGAACCGAGCCGGUGAAGAACCCGGUUCACGUCCUCACCGGCGGGUCACCGCCUCCGGCGGCGAUCCUCACUCGCGCGGAGAAGUUAGGAUUUAGGGUUCGCCACGGGUAUGGCAUGACGGAGACACUAGGAGUGGUGGUGUCGUGUGCAUGGAAGAAGGAGUGGGAUAAGUUUCCGGCGACGGAGAGGGCGAGGUUUAAGGCGAGGCAAGGAGUGAGGACGGUGGCGAUGACGGAGGUUGACGUGGUGGAUCCAGCCACCGGAGUUAGCGUGAAGCGCGACGGUGUAACCUCCGGUGAGAUAGUUUUCCGCGGCGCGUGUGUUAUGUUAGGUUAUUUGAAGGAUUCAGAUGGAACAAAAAGGUGCAUAAGAAAUAAUUGGUUGUACACUGGUGAUGUUGGAGUUAUGCAUGGGGAUGGGUAUUUGGAGAUUAAGGAUAGGUCAAAGGAUGUGAUAAUAAGUGGUGGUGAGAAUUUGAGUAGCGUGGAGGUGGAGGCGGUGUUGUACGAUCACCCGGCGGUGAACGAGGUGGCGGUGGUGGCGCGGCCGGACGAGUUCUGGGGGGAGACGCCGUGCGCGUUUGUGAUGCUGAAGGAGGGGCUGGUGGCGCCACCGUCGGAGAAGGAGGUGGUGGAGUUUUGCAGAGAGAGGUUACCGCACUUUAUGGUGCCCAAAACGGUGGUGUUUAAGGAGGCGCUGCCGAAGACGUCGACGGGGAAGAUUCAGAAGCACGUGCUGAGGAUGGACGCACAGGCUAUGGGGUCCUUGGCGGCUCCACAACCAACAAUACCUAGUCGCAUGUAGAAUGGAAUUGUUGUCACUUUGUCUAAAAAAGAGUUCAAUUGUCCGGUUUUGGUUUGGUUGUUUGAAUGAGUUAAGGUGGAUGAGUCAAGAUUUUGAUUACAUUUACAUGCAGGUGUUACGAAAUGUGGAAUUAAUUUGUCUAUGAAUUCAGCAGAUUUGGUUUUGUUGGUGUACGUGUGUGUGUGUUUUUAAUAAAUGAAUUUCAAUUGUUAUGAAGAUCAUGAAGAAUAAAUUAAUAGUGAUGUCCAUAUGUGCCGGGACAUUGACAGAAGCUAGUAUUUAAUUUA